AUGGACAGUUUGUGCCGCGUAGUCCUGGCCGUGCUAAGCCUGUGGCCCAGCCGAGCUGGGGCCUCAGCACCCCCACUGCCACCUGGGUCUCCCCGGGGCGCCCCUGUCCCCGGCCCAGGGGAAUCCCGAGCUGAGCUGGACAGCGCCGUGCUCCUCACCCGGGGGCUGCUGCGAGACACCCGGCAGCUAGCGGCUCAGCUGAAAGCCAAAUUCCCAGCAGAGGGAGACCACAGCUUGGAUUCCUUGCCGACUCCUGGGAUGAGCUUUGGGGCAAUGGGGGCCCUGCAGCUCCCCAGUGUGCUGACCCGCUUGCGGACUGACCUUCUCUGCUACCUCUGGCAUGUACACUGGCUCCGACGAGCAGGGGGCCCAGCCCUUCGGAGCCUGGAUCCGGAGCUGGGGGCUUUGCAAGUUCGACUGGACCGUCUGCUCAAGAGGCUGCAAGUCUUGAUGGCUCGUUUUGCUCUGCCUAAGCCUCCACCGGAGGCCCCAGCACCACCUCUGGCCCCACCAGGGUCAGCCUGGGGGGGAAUCCAGGCAGCCCACGCUGUGCUGGGGGGGCUCCACCUCACCCUGGACUGGGCUGUCAGGGGCUUGCUGCUGCUGAAGGCUCGGCUCUGACCUCCCCCAAGGGGAGAGGAGAAGUUUGGGCCUUGAUGUGGGGGUCUGGGCCUCCCUUAAUACCCUCCUUUAUUUAUUUAUUUAUUGGGGGCUCAGAGAGUGGGGUCCCAAGGGAGCCUGAGGCUCUCCAGAGCUGGGCCCAUAUGCUCUGGGCCCCCUCAGAGUAGUCCCCCCCUUCCCUUUCCACCCCUUCCACACCCCAACUUUACAGGACCUUGGACAGCAAUGCCUUCUCUUUAUAACUAUUUAUUGGGAGGAUGCUGGGGUCCCUGAGACGGGAGGAGGCAGGCCCCCCCUGUGGGCCCCUGCGAGGGGAGAGGCUCCGACGUCUUGAUGGCUGAGAGGGGUCAGCCUCCCCUCUCUGGUCUCCUGUUCCUUGCCCACCUCUAAGUUAUUUAAAUUAUCACUUUUCUUUGGGCCCUCCAACCAGCCCCAGCCCUAACUUUGGCACCUAUUUAUUGUACGUAUUUCUUCUUGUGUUUUGUACAAAAGAAAUGCAAGAGAUAAAGUUGGAUCAAUAAAAAUUGGCAUCUUCUCUCUAG